CAAAAAUAACAACAGUAAUCUUAAGUUGUUAAAAGUAAAGCCUUAUUAUUAGGUUAGAAAUCUAAGAAAAGUUUGGGGAUGUUUUUGUUUUGUUACACAGUUAUAAAGGUUUCGUCAACACUAAUCCAGAAGUACUAGUAGUACAACUAAAAUGAUACGAGUAAAAGUAAAAAUAAUAGACACCUUCCGCUCCUCCCAAAAAUAAAGUUCCUGUAGGUACCAGAGAUGCCCAUAUUAUAUUCUGUUGUAUCCAGAGGCACAACCAUUUUAGUAAAAUAUGCCAGUUGUGCUGGAAAUUUUUUGGAAGUUACAGAACAAAUUUUAUCCAAAAUAUCACCAGAUACACCAAAACUUACUUAUUCCCAUGGGAGCUACUUGUUUCAUUACAUUUUGGAUGAUUCACUCACCUACCUGUGUAUAACAGAUGAUGAAUUUGAAAGGUCAAGAGCAUUUGCCUUUCUCAAUGAGAUCAGACAAAGGUUUAAGACAACAUAUGGAGCUCGAGCACAAACAGCCCUUCCUUAUGCUAUGAAUAGCGAGUUUUCUCGGGCUCUUGCUAAUCAAAUGAAAUAUUAUUCAGACAGCAGAGAUGUGGAUACAGUUUCUAAAGUGCAGGGUGAACUGGAUGAUUUAAAAAAUAUCAUGAUAAAAAAUAUUGACACAGUUGCAAGUAGAGGAGAAAGAUUAGAGCUCUUGGUGGAUAAAACAGAAAAUCUGAAUGCCACGUCUGUCUCAUUUCGCAAAUCCAGUAGAGGUCUUGCUCGUUCAAUGCUGAUGAAGAACAUAAAGUUGACAAUAAUUAUUAUUAUAAUUAUCAUUAUUGUUUUGUAUAUUAUUAUAUCAGCAUCUUGUGGAGGACUGUCAUGGCCAAAUUGUGUCUGAGCAAGAGCUUAAUUUUACAACAAAUAUAUUACAUAAGAACACUUUUUUUCCAUCAUCUUUCAAGCCUUAGCAUAAAUAAAGCUGUGUAUGCUAUCACUUUUGAGAGUUCUGUUUAAAAUUGUUAUUGUACAUGUAUAUUGUUCUGUCAAACCCUUUGCUAGUUCUUUAAUUUUUAUAAAUAACAGUACAAUAAAAGUGUUGGCUUAAUCUCUUAAACAAGUUGUAAAAAUUAAAGUAUUGAUUUUGAAAAUUAAUGUUGUUCAUUUGUAUUUAUUUUCUUGUUCUUUUAUUUAACAUCAGUAAUAAAUGUACAAUUUUGAAAAAGUUUUAAUGUGUUCUCAAUAAUGUACAGCUUAAAUUGAAUGAAAAUUACUGUGAGACAUAAGAAGAAAGUAUUAAAUUUACUCAACAUUUCACUUUACUUUGCUAUGUGCAAGUUCUCAGGUUUAGCUAACAGUAUAAGGUUUAGACUGAUUUUAAAAAAUCUGAAUAUUCUAAGCAGUUCUGAAUGUUCUUGAUCAUUAUUUGUUGCUGUGUUAUUAGAAAAGUUCAAUGAAAUUACUGACAUAUUGAAGUGGAUAUACAAAGUUUAGCACUAAGGACCAAAAAAUUUGUGCUUGUUUCCCUUCUCAAAAUAUAAACAACAUAAUAAAACAAGAUUUAUCAUAACUGUUAGAAAUAAAAAAAUCAUUGCUUAUUACCUGCUACCUUGCUGUUAAAAUCAACAUGUAAAGCAUUCAUGGAUCUACUCUUUGCUGAAAAUAUUCUAGCUAUAAGCACAAAAUAUACUGAUAAAGAGUUUUAAGAUACUUUUAUUAUACAACAAGUAUGGCCCCAAAGCAACUGACAGAGGAUGGCAUAAAGUAUCCUUGUAUUGAGCUAAUUGUGUUUUCUUUGUGCUUGUUUCUGUUUUAUCUGUUUCUGUAUGUAACUUGUUUAUUGUCCCCUGCUGGAACAGCAGUAAGUAUACAGACAAACACAAACACAUAAACAAGUUAUUUAUUGUGUUGUAAGUUUGAAACUAAAAGUAAUGGGUAUGCACCAUUUUGGUUAGUGCUAAUCUUUGUAUGUUUGUAUUUACAUGUAUCUUGUUUAAUAAAAUGUUUCAAAUAAUCCAGCAAAAAUCAAAAGUGUGGUUGACAUAUUACUAUACACUUUUUACUUUCAUUCAGAAGUUCUUAUUGGUAAUAUAUUGCACUCACUCACACAUGAUAGGUUGGAACUACGAUAAAAUACCAUGAUUUUGUUAACCCAUUUCAAGCCUAGCUGCACUAGUUAAGAAUUUGCAUAGUGUGCUCCUGAAGAAGUUUGUAAAGUGAAAAAAAGAGUAAAUUUAAUAUUCUUUUGAAGCCUCAUGCUAAGUUUUCACACUGUUUAUUGUGUUCUUAAUAUUUCUGAUAGCACCACAUAAGUUCAGCAAUGUGAAGUGUAAUUCUGAGGUAUUCUCUGUAUGGUUUUAUAGGUUUCAGUGUUUGGACACAUUUGAUAUAAAUUAUCAGAAUUCACUAAUUGUAUAUAUCAGGAAUUUGUAUUUCAAAUUUUUACUGAUAAAUGGUUUUACUUUUACAAAUAAUCUAGCUUACAAACCAGGAUCUUUUUACGAAGUAAUAAUAAUGAAUGGAUAUGUUCGUAAAUAGCCAUUACAGAUUAUACGUUAAAGCUACAAUUUUUAUGCUAAAACUGAAUUGUUGCAAGAGUUGUCUUAAAGCAUCUUUGUGAAUUGUUAGCCAGUAUGCAAAAAAAAAGUUUUCUUUGCGAUCUGUGUAUCAGAAGCACAUAUUUUGUUGUCUGAAAGUUGUAAGUUGUUUCUUUAACUAGAUCUUAAUAGAUAGUUCCUCUUUAGCUUAACUUAUGGUAAGGAUUUUAUAAAGAAUUAUUUUACUUGAC